UUUAGAAUGGAUUUCGAUAAAUGUGUUGAGGUCGUCAAAAAUUUAAAAAAAAAGCCUAAUGAUGAUGAACUCUUGGAACUUUACGCAUUGUACAAACAAGCGCUUUUUGGUGAUAACACAACAGUUAAGCCAGGUUUAAUUGAUUUUAAAGGCUGCGCUAAAUGGAAUGCUUGGACCAAGAAAAAAGGUUGUUGCAAAUUUUAA